CUACGCAUGCGACACAGUAACGCGAGUUGAGAACGCUUGUUAUUUAGAAACUAGUGGUUACAAUAACGUUAGAGGAAGCAAUUUAUUUUCAUACAUCUGCACAUCAUAAUUUUCGGACACGCAGCAAUCAGUUCUGUUGAUCUUGUUACAGGCUUAGAACUCUGACAUCACACAAAAUGUCAGUAAAUCUGAGUAAAAACGGCCCUGCCCUUACAGCAGCAUAUAAAGAAGUGGUGGAUGAGAAAUCUAAAACAGACUGGGCAUUGUUCACCUAUGAAGGAAAUACCAAUGACAUCCGGCUUGCAGAAAAGGGAGAUGGUGGCUUGGAAGAACUCGUAGAAGAGUUGAACAGUGGUAAAGUGAUGUAUGGGUUCUGCCGUGUUCAAGACCCAAACUCUGGCCUACCCAAGUAUGUUCUGAUCAACUGGACAGGUGAAGGGGUAAAGGAUGCCAGAAAAGGAAUCUGUGCCAAUCAUGUUAGCUCCAUCGCUAAUUUUCUCAAGGGGGCCCAUGUGACCAUCAAUGCACGUGCAGAGGAGGAUGUCGAACCUGAGAUCAUUAUGCAGAAAGUGGCAAAGGCUUCUGGUGCUAAUUACAGUUUCCAUAAAGAGUCUAACCGCUUUAAAGAUGAUGGACCUCAAGGUCCUGUGGGCUCAGUGUAUCAGAAGACCAAUGCCAUGUCAGAAAUAAAGAAAAUCAACAAAGACAAUUUCUGGGCUCAAGCUGAGAGAGAUGAGGAAAAGAGACGUCAAGAAGAGCGGCGUAAAACAGAAGAAGAGCGGCAGCUGCUAGAACAAGAGAGAAAAGAUCGGGAGGCAAAGGAAGCCAUGUUGAGGGACAAAAGGGACAAGGAGAGAGCAUCUCAAAUUAAUGACCAGAAGAAAUACCAGCAGCAACAGGAAGUUGAUAAGAGCACAAAUGAGAGACAGCAGUCGUGCAUCAGCAACACCAGAGAGAUGUUCAAACAGAGGGAGAGGGGCAUCACUCCUGGUAAUGUUGACACCACUGCAUCUUGUCCACAGCCAGGGCGAUUGCAAAGCCCUUUUCUAUCUAAGCUGCAAUGUGAGCCAGAUAGGCCACCAUCAUCCUUUCGCCAACCAAUCCUGAUGCCUGCCACAUCUGUCACAUCUGUACCUGACACAGAGCUGAAUGUGAAGGAUGAACCCAACCACGAAAGUAAUGUUGUCACCAUUAAGGCAGAAAGUGAAGUUAUUACAAAGCAGUAUAAAGAGCCUGAAGAGAAACCUUGUGAGCCAGAGCCAGAGGAGCAUGAGGAGCCAGCCCAGGUGCAAGAGCAAAGCAGUUAUGAAGAUGCAGACAGGGGCAUUUGUGCACGGGCACUUUAUGACUACCAAGCAGCUGAUGACACAGAGGUCUCCUUUGACCCCGAUGACAUCAUCACUGGCAUCGAGAUGAUUGAUGAAGGCUGGUGGCGGGGAUUUGCUCCAGAUGGCCACUUUGGAAUGUUUCCAGCGAAUUAUGUUGAACUCCUCUAAUACAGUAAUCCAGACAAUUGGCACAAUACCAAUUGACCACAGGACUAACAGUCACAGAAUCCCUUGAAAGGAACCAGCAAUGAAAGACCCCUUUUCUAUCGGAGGCACCUGCACUGCAACUAUGAGUAUACUUCAUGAACAACAGUCAUGUACAGUAAUGUGAGAUUAGUUUCCAUUUUAUGGCUCACUGCUGGUGCAUAAUUAUUGUUGUGUGUGUGUGUGUGUGUGUGUGUGUGUGUGUCUGUGUGUGUGUUUUUGUUUGUUUUAUUUGUUUGUUUUUUGAGUGUUCACAUUUAACAGGUAUGCAACAGAAGUGAGUACACGCCCAUCCAUUAUCACACAUGUGUCAAGUAAUUAAUCGAUCAACCUGGGUUUGCGUCUGUGUCACUUGUCAAAAUUGGCUGCUAAUUAUCAGUUUAACUUUAACUCAGUUUAACUUUAAUUCAAGUUUGUAUCACCAUAGUUACAUUAUUUGGAAGUUUAACAUUAGAAUCUGUGCUCUUAUGUAAAACUGGAGGUGUAUUUCCUAAAGGAAAUACCUGUGCAUGCGAAGUGUUGAUCGCUAGGUAGACAUCACGGCAAUGGUUCGUGUUUUGCUUGGACAGAGAGAAUGGGAGUCUUUGUGGAGACACAGUAGUCAGCAGAACAGCAAAAAUAUAUUACAUGUCUUCCUUUAUUGUUGAUGACAGUCAGUCCUUAGCAUAAAGGAUUACAGCGUUACACAACUUUCUGGAGAGAUGUACUAACAGUCUUCAGCAACAAUGUAACUUAGCUGCGCGUUGAUGUGGUGUUUGUGUUGCCUUCGAGGCUUCAAGGUAGAUGACAUACUUAGCCAGGUCAUAGCUAUUUAAUUUUUUCCUCUUCAGAAACAUAGUUAUAACAUUUUCUUCUUCAGAAACUCUUUUCUUUUGUAGAAAGUCCUAUUCUGCCAAACGUCUUGAGACUGGACCAAACAAUCAAUUUAUCAGUCAAUCAAUUUGGUAUAUUAUUGUGCAAUAUCAUCAUGAAGCAUAGUCCUAAUACAAUUUACACAUUCACAAGAAAAUACAAUACAACCACUGAAUAAGUAUAAAAGUAUAAUUGAUGUAAUCUUGUCGGGCAGUAUUGUGGUGUAUUCAUUGGAAUUCAUGGUCCCAUCUGUAAGGACACUUCAACACCAUAUCACAUUCCCACUUUUAACCUUGUGCUUUUUGUCACUGUGACCAUGGUUGUAGUCCUGGCCAGGUUUGCACCAAAAUGUGCUUCCAAUAUUCAUUAUGAUGCAUCCUUUGCACUCUCAUUGGUCAUACAUUUUUGUUUUCCGAGUUGUACUGUGCUGUGCAAGUGAUGCACACUCCGUGGUGUCCUUUUCGUUUUACAGCCACUGUGACUCUUAUUGGUAGUGCUAUGGCACAAUGUAUACCUCCUCGUUUUUGCUGUGAUAGUGUCCUUGUAUCCUUUACUAUCUUUGUGAAGGCUUGCAGAUUUUAGAUCAUAUUUGCAUGGUAAUUCCAUGGAUAUUAUUUCAUGGUAUUAUGGGCAGAUACAGAUACAGCCCAUAUGUUCAAAAUUCAGAAACUUCAGGUGGUAUAGCAGAGUAAAUAACAUUAUAUGUCAGCAAUCACAGGUGUAUUCACUCUUGUUGCACUGAGUUUGUACUUUCCGAUCUGUAUUUUUAAUAUAUGGCUUUUAAAGCACUUGUUUUUGUUUGUUCAUAAGAGGAAAAACUGUACUUGUCAACUUGAAAAUAAUGCAAUUAUUGAGAGGCAAUACCAUUUUUAACCAUUUUACAUUUAAAUGAUAUUACAUGGGGGUUUACUCACUUCUGUGGUAUACUGAUUAUAAUUUGAAUACUAGCCAACUCCCUGUUAAGACUUUGAAUUCCUAUUCUUUUUUAGUUUUUUUUCUUUGUUGUUUCUUAGUUUGUUUUCCCAAAGAAAUUACUGUUUAAUUAUUGUUUUUCAAAUCAGUUUUAAAUCGGUAAUUUAAUCAGGUAACUUGCUACAUUCCUCAAUUAUGCAGUACCCCUAUUUUGUAAAUCUGACAGACAUAGCUAUUGCUCUUUAUUGUGCACCCUGUAAAUUAUUUGGCUAACAUCUGGUAUUGGUCUAGAUUGUUUUUAAGGGGAAGAGUUCAUGAAGUAAUUAUGUUGCAGUGAUGCUGCUGUGGCAUUUGAUAUGAAAAUGUAAUCCACCAUCAAAUCAUGGUGAAGUAUUUGUUUCCCACUGUAUUGCAGGCAGGAUACAUAAGGAUAAUAUUGUUUUAUUUUAGUAAUGUCAUUAUAAGAAAUGUUCUACUUGACUUCUGUUUCCUUAGCAUUAUGAAGUCUCUCACUAUACAUUCCUAUAUCAGCAUUUCAAUUACUAUCCAGACAUCUACAGCUAUUAAGAGAGUAUGUAGAUUCACAAACAGAUAUUGACAUCAUCUGUGAUUCCAGUGUAAAACUAUUUUAAAAAAAUAAUAAGUAUAUGUUCGGGGCUUUGUGAUCUUGAAAAUCUGAUGACACAUGAAUACAUUUUCUGAAUUGUCUGUUUGGUUCAGAAAUAAAGGAAUCUAAAUACCUUCCAA